CCUCCUCCCACACAGCCACUAACCCCACGUCACCGACGCCUCACUCAUUAGUCGCCACACUCCGCCUGGCCUGGCCUGCCGUCGAUGGAGAACACAAUGUGACCGCCUCUUGUAAAGUCUAUGAGGAGGGAGCAGCUUGGUGGGGGAGGAGCUGUUGAGCAGGUCGACCACUCAUUGCCCUUCUUUCUUCCCACCGACACGAUCACCGCAACCGUGCUUUUGGGAGCCCCCAACGCUCGUCUUCAUUCCUCAGCCAAGGUAACGGCUCCUCCUUCGAAGCAGUUCUGGUCUUGCGCGCAGCGCCAAGACCCGAACAGCAACUAUGGCGACUAAGCACUUCUUCAAUAACCCCGACGGCCUCGUGCAGCGAGGCAUUCGGGGGAACAUUGCCCUGAACCCGGCCCUGCGAUUCUACGCCCCCGACAAGGUCCUGUACAAUUCGACGCAUGAUCCCAACAAGGUGGCCAUCAUCGCCGGUGGAGGUGCAGGUCACGAGCCCGGCCACGCCGGUGUUGUCGGCCGAGGCAUGCUCACCGUUGCUGUCAGCGGAGAGAUCUUCGCCUCUCCUUCCACCGCACAGAUCUGCACUGGCAUUGACUUGGCCAACUCUGAUGCAGGCGUGGUUUUCGUCGUCAACAACUACACUGGCGACUGUCUUAACUUUGGACUCGCAGCCGAAAAGGCGCGUGCAGCGCGAGCAUUCUCGGGCAACAAGAGCAGCGGUGACGUCGAGAUCGUCAAUGUUUCUGAUGAUGUCGCGGUCGGUCGCCAACGUGGCGGUCUCGUCGGCCGACGAGGCCUUGGCAUCAACAUUUUCACCUGCAAGGCCCUCGGCGCAGCUUCUGAAAUGGGCAUGUGUGCCAAGGAGAUCGCCAACAUCGGCCGCGAGAUAGUCGCGCAAACCGUCACCAUCGGCACAUCGCUUGACCACUGCCACGUGCCCGGCAGGCCGAAGAAGGCCGAUGAGUGGGGCGCGCUUGCACAAGAUGCUUGCGAGAUUGGCAUGGGUAUCCAUAACGAGCCUGGCGUCAAGCACCUCGAGAAGAUGCCUGAGCCUGAUGCACUUAUCAUGGAAAUGCUCAACUACAUGCUCAACCAAGGUGACAAGGACCGUGCAUACGUCGAGUUCAACAAGGAUGAUGCACCCAUCGUUUUCCUGAACAACCUCGGAGGUGUCAGCCAGCUUGAAAUGGGCGCGCUCACCGACGAAGUUCUUACACAGCUUGAGCGCGACUAUGGCCUGUACCCCUCGCGCGUCUUCGCUCACACCUACAUGACCUCCCUUAAUGCACCUGGCUUCGGCAUUUCGCUCGUCAACCAAAAGCAAUUCAAGGCCAAGACGGGCGUUGACUUGCUCGAGCUGAUUGACGCACCAACAGAUGCAUCUGGCUGGGCCGGCGUACAGCAUGGCUGGGGAGCCGCGAGCGGUAAGCCGCGCGACCGCAAGGCGCAAGAGGACGAGGCGGCGAAGGCCGUCGAGCAGGCAAGGCAGAAGAAGAGCAGCGUCUCUGCCCCCGUUCGCAACGGUGCAGCUUCAGAAGGUCUCAUGAAUGCGGACCCGGAACUUGUCAAGAAAGUCAUCAAGGGUGCCUGCGAAGCUGCUGUCGCGGCGGAGCCCGAACUGACCAAGUUCGAUACCAUCGUCGGUGAUGGAGACUGCGGCGAGACGCUCGCUAGCUGCGCCAAUGCGCUCAGCGCUGGUGUCGACGCAGGCAAGGUUGACCUUGCCUCACCCGCUGGAACGUGUCUGUCACUUGGUGCGCUAAUCGAGCGCAAUAUGGGCGGCACGUCCGGCGCGAUCUACGCGCUCUUUUUCACUGGUCUUGUUCAGGGACUCGCGCAAGUGCAGGGCGGAAAGAGCAGCGCGCCAGCAACGCAAAAGGACUGGGGCGCGGCGCUGCUAGUUGCGCUAGAGAACCUGGGUACGCACACGCCUGCGCGGCCGGGCAUGCGCACCCUCGUCGACGCGCUUGACCCCUUCUGCAGGGCCAUGGGCUCCGGCGAGUGCCUCUCCAACGCCGUUGACGCCGCGCGCAAGGGAGCCGAAGAGACCAGGACGCAAACGGCCCGCCUCGGCCGCGCGACGUACGUCGGUGACAAAGGCGGCAACAUGCCGCCUGAUCCCGGCGCAUGGGGCGUCGCUGCUAUCGUCGGUGGGAUUCGGAAGGCACUCGGCGAUUGAGUUGCUCACAAGAGAGCGGGCGCGGUGCGCGAGCGCAACGUUGGCCAACCCCUUUGAUAGCGGCAUGUAAUAAAGAUUGAACUGUACUGAUUCCGUUAGGCCAA